AUGCGUCAUGCUGACCAGCCUCGAAGCACAGUGCACACCACGCAGCGCAGCCGAGCUCGAGCCAAUGAAGGAGGUGAUCCCACAGCCAGGCCAUCAAGUCGUGCUGACCAGCCUGGAAGUGCAAUUCAUCGCAAUCAAUCUCAACGCUCAGCCAUCAGAGGAGAUCUUAGAGAAAGCAGCCGUCGACAGCAGAUCAGAGGCCAGAGGCUGCACCGAUCCCGCUCCAGAUCCGCCAGAGCAGAGCUGGCUUUCUCUGUGAGUCACGUGGAGCACCACCUGCGGGAGGGCCACUAUGCCCGGAGGCUGAGCGAGUCUGCCGCCGUCUACAUGGCAGCCGUGAUUCAGUGCCUGACGUCCAAGGUACUGGAGCUGGCAAGAAAGGAGGCCCACAACAGGGGCUGCAGGCGCAUUACCCCCCAGUUCGUGGACAUGGCCAUCCACAACAACUCGCUGCUCUGCGGCCUCCUAGGCUCCACCACCAUCUCCCUGGUGUCCCCCGGCUGCUAG